UUUAAUUAAUUACACCAGUAUCAAAUUGACAUAAUUAAUCUGAGGUUAUAAGAGAAACUGGAGAGGAGCUGAAGUUGCUUGAGGAGAGGAUUAAGAGUUUCCAUGAGUUUCUCACAAGGAUGGUUAUGAAUGCCUUCGUAAGUAGUCACGACAACGUUUGAGUCUUCUGCUAAUCUCUGCAGUUGAUUCUCACAAGGAUGGUUUAGUCAUGAGUAAUACUAACCAUGGUAUGGUUCUUACCAAUGCUUAAGCAAAAAAAAAAAUGAAUCAGUUCUUGAAACAGCCUCAAGGAUUUAAACUUGAGUUAAAUGAGUAUUAAUCAAAUUCAACAUGGAUUACAGUGAUGACUAGUUCAUGGCCGGCCAGCUUUCUUUUUCUGCAUCUCUUGCUCAUGACUUCUUUCAAACAUCACCAACUGUAUAUCUACUUUUCUUUGACAGUUAGGAUAGUUAUUUUUUUCAUUACAAAAAUUGAUGCAACUUUCAAUUAAGAAAACAUGAAAACAGGCAUUCUGAUUAAUUAUUUGUUUUACUAAGCAAAGAGAGAGAAUAAAACCAAGUCAGUUAGUUGAUUCUAAAAAGGCCGCUGUCAAUGAGGGCUUUAAUGGCAUUUUCUAUUCAGUGCUUAUCAAUUAUCAUCAUAUCAAAUUAUAAUUCACAUCUCUUUGGAGUUUACCCUCUACAUGUAUUUAUUCUUUAUGCUUUUGCAUUAGUUAAAUAACACUUUCUCCUCUAUAGAUUGCUUUCUUUUCUAAUAGCACUGCGGCUCUCUGAUCAUACAUUCUUCAACUUAUCAUUACCCUCUCACUCAUGGCUUCUUCUUCUCACCGGAUAAGGAAAUAUCAUGUGUUUCCAAGCUUCCAUGGUCCGGAUGUCCGUAGAAAGUUUCUUAGUCAUUUACAUUACCACUUUGCAAGCAAGGGAAUCACGGUGUUUAAAGACCAGGAGAUCGUAAGAGGCCAGACGAUUGGACCAGAACUCAAACAAGCAAUAAGAGAAUCUAGGAUCUCGAUGGUGGUGCUAUCAAAGAAUUACGCUUCUUCCAGCUGGUGUUUAGAUGAAUUGGUGGAAAUCUUGGAAUGCAAGGAAGCUUGUGGGCAGAUGGUGAUGACUAUUUUUUACGACGUUGAUCCAUCUGAUGUACGACAACAGAGCGGUGAUUUCGGAAGGGCUUUCGACAGAACUUGCAAAAGACAAACAGAGGAAGUGAAGCAGAUAUGGAGCAAAGCUUUAACUGAUGUCGCAGAAAUAGCCGGAGUACAUUCUCUAAGUUGGGAUGAUGAGGCUAAGAUGAUGCAGAAGAUUGUUGCAGAUGUUUCCAAGAAUCUGAAUGUCACACUGUCCAGGGAUUGUGACAAGGUUGUGGGACUUAGAUCUCACUUAAGAAAAGUGCACUCUUUGUUAUGCCUAGAAUGCGAUGAAGUGAAGAUGAUUGGAAUCUGGGGUCCUGCGGGAAUUGGUAAGACAACCAUUGCUAGAGCUUUAUAUAACCAACUCUCUAGCAGUUUUCCACUUAGGUGUUUUAUGGGGAACCUCAAGGGAAGCUACCAUAAGAGCAUAAUGGGUGUUGAUGACUAUGAUUCCAAGUUGUGUUUACAAAGCCAACUUCUGUCCAAGAUUUUUAACCAAACCGACAUGAAGGUACAUGAUUUAUGUGCAAUAAAGGAAUGGCUACAUGAUCAGAGAGUUCUUAUCAUUCUUGAUGAUGUAGAGGAGCUAGAGCAACUAGAUACCUUAGCGAAAGAAACUUCUUGGUUUGGUCCUGGAAGUCGGAUCAUCUUUACCAUGAAAGAUAAAAAUAUUUUGAAGGCACAUGGGAUCAAAGAAAUUUAUCAUGUGGAUCUUCCAUCCAAAGAAGAAGCUCUUGAGAUCUUAUGCUUAUCUGCUUUCAAACAAAGAUCUCCACGGGAAGGUUUUAAAGAGCUUUCACAUAGAAUAGCUGAGUUUUGUGGUUAUCUUCCCCUGGGUCUUUGUGUUGUGGGUUCAUCUUUACGUGGAGCAAGCAAGAACGAAUGGGGGCAUCAAUUAUAUAGAUUAGAAACCAGUCUUGAUAGAAAAAUUGGGAAUGUACUAAGAGUUGGAUAUGAAACACUGUUACAGAAAGAGCAAGAACUUUUUCUUCACAUUGCAUGCUUCUUCUACAAUGAGAAUGUAGAUCACAUGACAACCCUACUUUCAAAAAGUAACUUGGACGUCAGAAAUGGAUUGAAGACCCUGGCUGAUAAAUCUCUUGUGAAGGUAUCUACUGAUGGGCGGAUAGUGAUGCACUGUUUACUACAGAAAUUGGGUAGACAGAUAGUUCUUGAACAGUCUAUAGAACCUGGGAGACGUCAGUUUUUAGUAGACCCUCAAGAGAUUUGUGAUGUACUAGCAAAUGAAACUGGUACUGGAUCUGUCUUAGGUAUAUCAUUUGAUAUGUCCAAGAUCAGUGAGUUCUCUAUAAGUAGGCGAGCCUUUGCAAGAAUGCGUAAUCUCCAAUUCUUGAGAUUUUACAUAAAUAAGCCAGGCAUGCAUAAAAAAGUUAGCUUGUUAGACGACAUGGAAUAUCUACCUAGUCUAAAGUUACUAGACUGGAAUUCAUAUCCAAGAAAACGUCUUCCUCCAAAAUUCCGACCAGAGUGUCUCAUCGAGCUCCGUAUGCAAUUCAGCAAGCUCGAGAAGCUAUGGGGAGGAGUCCAGCUGCUUGUAAAUCUCAAGAAGAUAGAUUUGAGCUAUUCCUUCAAGUUGAAAGAGAUACCAAAUCUUUCGGAAACUUCAAAUCUCGAAAUACUGAGACUUGUAUUCUGUAAAAGUUUGGUGGAGCUUCCCUCCUCUAUUUCGAAUCUACACAAACUUAAAAAGUUGAUAAUGAAGGGGUGCAAAAAGCUACAAGUCAUUCCUACCAACAUCAACUUAGCAUCUCUUGAUGAAGUAGACAUGAGUAACUGCUCAAGCUUGACAACUUUUCCAGACAUUUCUAGUAACAUCAAGCAUCUCAAUGUACGAAACACGAAGAUUAGAGAAGUUCCUCCGACAAUUGGCAGGCAUUGGUCUAGUCUUACAUGGCUUCAUAUUGGCAGCAGAAACCUCAUGACAUUAAGUUAUGUCCCUGAAAGUUUAAGGAAGCUAGACCUAAGAAACAGUCAUUUUAUCACGAUUCCAGAUUGCGUCAUUAGUCUUCCUUUUGUACAAAGUCUUAUCAUCCAAAACUGUAGAAAGCUCGUGUCACUACAGGGUCUCCCCCCUUCGCUUUGGUGUCUGGAUGCAACUGAUUGCAGAUCACUCACGAGUGUACUUCACUCUUUCGGUGAUCCGUGUGCAAGUUUUAACUACCGCAACUGUGUGAUGUUGGAGGAAGAACCACGGAGAAGAAUCAUACAACAAUGGGAUUAUAAUUAUUUAUGCUUACCGGGUAAAGAAGUCCCUAUAAACUUCACUCACAAAGCGACAGGAAACUCCAUAGGCGUCCCUAUGAGCUCAGCAUCGUCAAGAUUCAAGGCUUGCCUUCUGCUUUCUCCAGUAAAGGGAUAUCCACUUUUUGAUAUAACUUGUCGUCUAAGAAGCAAAGAAGGUAUACUCCUAAACGAAGUGGAGUACUGGAUUUCAGGGCUGUCUCCAAAGUUUCUGACGGAACAUCUCCUAAUAUUUUGUGGGGACUUGUUUCAAACUGACAAAUGCCAUGAAUUGGAUAUCACUACGAGUGAGAUUCUGUUUGAAUUCAGCUGUAGGGACAACGAUGACAAGAUUAUUGAGUGCGGUGUACAUAUCUUGAGGGAGGAAGGCGAGAGUAGUAGCAGCGCAAUGGAUUAGGUGCAGCUACUUUGUAUCGACAUUUUGUUGCGUCUCUGCCGUUUUAGUUAGCUAGAUUAGGUGUUGGUAUUAUACUGUUGUGUGUUGGUGAAUAAUUGACAGACUUGUAUUGCUAGUUCACUGUAUUGCUGUUUGGUUAAAAGCUUUGGUUUAACUAAAUUGAGUAUGGAGACAUGCGCUUCAAAGAGUUUAGUUAUUUCACAAUGGAUUGGUAUUCAUUCAAAGGUUGGAAUACAAAGCCUAAUACAGAAACUGAAUGAAAAAAGUAAAAUCUCUUCAAAAUCUAAUUCUAAAGAAAAAAACUAGUUGGGUGAUGUGUUUAGUGGAUAAGUAUGUUGAUAUGAAUGAUGUUAUAUGAGUGUUGAUUGUUUAGCAUGGUGGGUGAUGUAUGUUAUAAGACUAGAAUUUUUCAUGCAAAUUGGUUAGUCGUGUUAGAAGUGAUGUGGGAAAACAAGACCAUUCUCACUGAAUUACUUUAUGUUAUUCACUUCUUCUUUUCUCUUUUUAGUGCAUGCAGAUGUUUCUUGUAUGUAAAGUUAAGGUACAAGAGGGUCAUAGUGAUUGGGACAGGCGUUACAUUAUGACUAGAAGUGAUGCCGGUGUUUGUGUAUAUAUAAUUGUUUUCUCUUGAUAAUUUUUCUCUAUAUUUAAUGGUACUUUUCUACAGAAAUUUCAGUGUGAAAGUAUAUAUCGAUUUCAGUGUGAAACUAUAUAUCGAUUUGCAGACUUCCAUCCGGUAUGAAUUCAAAUAGAUCUAUAAAAUCUGAUAACAAUAUAUACUAUCAAACCUAAAGAAGAUGGUAUUGAGUAGUUAUAAACCGAAUAUCAAGGUUUUUGGAAAUAUUCGUGAUUCGAUCUGUUUUUUCGAAUAAUCAAUUACUCGAUUCGAUUUGAUCAUCAACUACUCGGAUAUUAUCCGGAUAUCCAAAAAAUUAUAUUUUAACCAGAUAUCUGAUUCCAUCCAUAUAAACAAAUAAAAAUUAAAAACUAAAUUAAAAAAAUAACAAAACUAAUAUAAAUUGUAAUAUUUAUUACAAAAAUAAAAGAUUUAUUUACUUUUUCAAGCUCUAAGGACUAAAAUAAUCAAUUUGAUAAAUAAAAUUAUUAUAUAAUUUGUAUAUAAUCAUAUAUAUAUAUAUAUAUAUAUUUAUGCAUAUAACGGAUCGGAUCGGAUACCCGUUUCUAAAAAUAUUAGUAUUUUUUAUAUGAUUUGUUUUUUAUGGACAUAUUAAUAUUUGUUUUGCUUCAUAUAAUUAAAAUGGAUAAUAAAUCGAAUCAAAAUUUAUGAAUAUUUUGUAUAUUCCUAGAUUGGUGCUAUUCUUUUUAUUGGAAAGAAUCUGAAUCUCUUGAAUGCUACGAUAAUUGAGACAGUGACUCUCGUUAUUUUUAGUGUUACUUUUGGGUUCACUCUAGGGGGUAACCAAUAGGAUUUCGUUAUUUCAUAUUCUAUAUCUUUUAAAAGAAGAAACAAAAUAUUUUUAAAUUAUAUUAUAUUUUUAAAAUAAAAAGUAAAAAAAAAUACUUGUGACAAAAACAAAGAAUU